AUGGAUCCUGCUCUGAAUAUACGGCUCGCUGCUGCGUUGAAGUCGGCUAAAGAUCAAGGUGUUCCGAAGGAGAACAUUCAGAAAGCCCUGGCACGAGCGGGAGGUGCAAGCAACGGGUCGGGGCAGCACUUUGUGUAUGAAGCCUUGGCCCACGAUUCUGUUGGACUGAUAAUAGAAUGUUUGACAGAUAAUGCAAACCGCUCCCUUCACAACGUCAGAGACAUUUUGACAUCAUAUGGGGCCCGUAUGACGCCAGUCAAGUCCAUGUUCGAGCGGCAGGGCCUUGUUACAGUCGCCCUAGACAAGAGCGUAGGCGGAGGAUUUAACAAACUCUUCGACAUCGCGAUCGAGAAUGGCGCCGAGGAAGUAAACGAAAGGCGUGAUUUGGAGACUGAAGAGCACAUUAUCUAUGAGAUUUCCUGUGCACCCACACAACUUGCACAACUAGCAACUGCUGAUUGGAACCAAGGACUAGUCACACCUCUUGCGACUGUUCUCAGUUCAGAACUAGCCUACGUCCCUUCUGACCCACAGCCUUUGCCACAAGAAGAGCAACAAAGCAUGGAUGAACUGGUAGCUGAAUUAGAGGCCGACAACGAUACAACCAGGAUAUGGACAACAGUUGCACUGUCGUCGUAG